GGAUCACUCUGAGGGAUCUUCACACGCAGCUCCCCUUUGCUGUGACAUGACCCGCUGUGCAGUUUGUGCUUUUGGCUCAGAUCUGGCACUUGUCUCCAUGUUUUUUCUCCUUUGAAUUAGAGACAGUUUGCAAUAAUUUAUCCUGUUUAGGACAAAAUAAUUCUCAGAUUGUUUUAGGAAUAUUCCUUCCUGGAAUUUUGUUGUCCACUUCCCCCAGGAGUGCUGAAAACCUGUGGUUGUACCCUGUACUCAUUCAGGGGGAGGGAGCUGAAUGUGCCUCUGUGCUUUGUGCAGAAUGAGGUUCCUGGUGGUGCUUAGGAAAGAACUAAUAACUGCAGAAGUAUCCUGAGUAGGGCUUGGCUUGGGUUUUGAUAGGAGAGGGACAAGAGGAGAUGUGGGGGAUUAAGAACUGGGUCCCUGUCACGCUCUAAAUAUGUGGAUGGUCAUAAAUAUUAUCUGAACUUACCAUGUGGUGUUUCAUGGCUAUAAAGAGACCACAGAGCACUUUUCACCCUUGUUUCUCUCCCCCUUCAAAAACUGAGCCCCCUUUAUUCACUUUGCUCGGAGACAGAUGUGCAGCUGGAGGACCAGGCAGAGGUAACCCUGAAUCCCCUGAAUUCCUGCCUUUUUAGACAAUUGCAUGCAUAGAGCCAAACCCUGGCACGAGUGAGCCAGGCAGCUGCAGCACAUUCCAAAUAUCGCUCUAUUUAAAGCAUCCCCAAGGCUCCCAGAACAACUGCAGAGACAAACCUUAAACCUGCCAUUAAACCAGCAGAGGGGGAAUGGCAGAACCAGCCCCAGCCCCGCUGUCCCGCCUGGUUGUCCCUGUGCUCCUGGCACUUGGCUGGAUCCUGGGAUGUGCCCUCAUGGUUUACAUUGUCUUCUCCUGAUGGCAGACAGAAGAAUUUACAGGGAUGUUGAUUAGAAGAACCUGGAAGUUCAAUUGAGAUUUCUAAUGGCUAAAAUAAGUAUAAAAUGAGUUAUUUUUAAUAUCAA